AAGCGGGGAAACUCCUUGAUGAUUGAUGGUCUCCACAUUGCACAGCGUCCCCGGUGGCACAAAAAUACUAAUACUAUUAUUGGCCUCUGUCGAGAGCACACCAAGGGUCUAGAUCUUGGCAUGAACAACAUGGAUGCUGUGCUUGAGAUCGCUCGAGCUGUUCAGGAUGAUCCCCAGACUUGUCACUAUGGACGAGAGGCUACAAUCGCUGUCAUAGGACCUUUUCAACGUGAUAACUAUCACCCCUUUCCAGUUCUGGUUUCGCCUACCUGUAAAGCAGAAAAAUCUGAUGAGUUUUCAGCCAUAAUUAGCAUGAUAAUUGCUCAGUGGGACGAAUUUGGGAAACCAUUCAAUGGGCCACUCUGGUGUGUUUGCACAGAUGGCGAUACAACAUUUCGAGGAGCUUUACACCGUGUGCUAAUGGACCGAACGGUUGCCGUGGGCGAUGAGCUCUACAACAAGCUUGCACCACUACUAGGCCUUGAUCUUCACACUGGAGUGGCUUACAUUGUAAUUGGGCCGGAUCCGAAGCACAUCUUCAAGCGU